AUGUCGUCUUCAACCGCGAAAGGGAAGGCUCCUAGUGCAGCUGAAACUCCCUAUGAGCUACCUUGGGUCGAGAAAUACAGGCCCACCGUUCUUGACGAUGUCGUUGGCAACUCGGACACAAUCGAACGCCUCAAAGUGAUUGCUCGCGACGGUAACUGCCCACACAUUAUUAUAUCGGGUUUACCUGGGAUCGGCAAAACAACAAGCAUUCACUGUCUAGCCCACCAGCUUCUCGGUGAUGCGUAUAAAGAGGGUGUAUUAGAGCUAAAUGCUUCGGAUGACCGUGGCAUUGAUGUUGUCCGGAACAAGAUCAAGACCUUUGCCCAGAAGAAAGUCACCUUACCCCCUGGUCGGCAUAAAAUUAUAAUUCUUGAUGAGGCCGACAGCAUGACACCAGGUGCGCAGCAAGCCCUGCGCCGUACGAUGGAAAUCUUCUCAAACACAACACGUUUUUGCCUCGCCUGCAAUAUGAGCAACAAGAUUAUCGAGCCCAUACAAAGUAGAUGCGCUAUUCUGCGAUACGCCAAACUCAGGGACCAGGAGAUUCUGAAACGACUCCUUGAAAUCUGCGAAAUGGAAAAGGUGGAAUAUAACGACGACGGCCUGACGGCACUCAUAUUUACGUCCGAGGGGGAUAUGCGACAGGCCAUUAACAAUCUACAAUCUACAUAUUCUGGCUUUGGUUUCGUUUCAGGAGACAAUGUAUUCAAAGUGUGCGACCAACCGCAUCCUAUCAUCGUACAAGCUACGAUUCGGGCUUGUUUAAAAGGUGACAUUGACGGUGCCAUCGAAAAAGUGAAUCAACUUUGGGAGCAAGGGUACAGUGCAGUGGAUAUUGUGGUGACCAUCUUCAGGGUUGUGAAGAUCUUUGACGAAAUGCCGGAGUACACCAAACUGGAAUACAUCAAGGAAAUUGGGUUCACACAUAUGCGGAUAUUAGAGGGCGUUGGAACGCUAAUCCAGUUGGCUGGAUUAGUUGCGCGACUGUGCAAGAUGAAUAGCAAACCUGAGCUGUUUAAAGUGUAG